CAAAAAUGGCGGAAACGUACUGUUUACUUGUCAAAUCUCAGUUUUAUCGAAUUUGAACAUGACUUGACUUCAUGUGGAAACCUAAAUGUCCUUGGAAUUAUGUCCACUGACAAUCCACUAUGCCUAGAACUGGAUCUCCAUCAAGUGCUCUUCAACAAUGUUGGACAGUUUUAUAUGACAAUAUGGAUUCAAGGAUCCAUAGAAAGACAAAAUGAUGUCAAACUGUUUAUUAACAACUCCAAGUCUCCUCAUGGUCAAUCRUACUUCACGUCUCAGCCAUACAAACAGAGUGAUGUCACAGCACCAGUCAACCUUGAUGGGUCUGUGCUAKCAUUCCAUUUGCCUCCAGGGUUCAUAGAACAAGAUGUUUAUUUAAUUGUGGAGGCUCACAAAUUUUCCCAAGAUGCACAAGAAGAGGACUCAAAAUAUGGUGAAUCUGUGCUAUUGGUUCAUCCAAAUACAGACUCUCUGUUUCCAUCAACUCAUCAUGGCACAAACACAGAGGAUGAAAAUGUUCUUUAUAAAAUAGAAAAACUGUUGACUUUCACAGCAGAAAGUGAGUUUGAGGGCAUGUCUGUAAGUGUGGGUUCCCUGUGGUUAGAUGUUGAAAUUCGCCAAGAACAAAAGGACAAACCACCGCCAGCUAAAAAAGCACCAUCCAACAUUCAGCCAUAUGGACCUGGUCCUAGUGUAUCAUCCCCUGAACAAGAUAUUAUGGCAAAACCUCCUCCUGAAAAGGUUUCAGAGCUGGGAUCACUAAGCUGUCCAGCUCAACCCCAUCAUCUGUGUGGUAGUUAUGUUGCUCGUAAAGGUUAUUUGGAGGCUGCUGUCCUUGUGCAUGCUGCUAUUGGUCUUCCUGUGCAAUCAGAUGGCAGCCUUCCACAGCCAUUUGUCACUUGUAAAUGCCAUCAGGACCAGGGUCUACAGACUGCUACACGUGCAUCAUUACAACCCACCCAAAGCCCAACCUGGCAUGAAGUACUGCUGGUAGAGUUUCCCGACGAUCAUUUACAACAUGAAGAUUUGAUAGUAACAGUUGUUGACAAUCCAAGCAAAGAGAUUUUAGUAGAAUAUGAGAUACCUAUCUCAAAUCUGAAACCUUUUCAUCAGUACAAUUUAGAACUUGUGAAGCCCAACAGGGACCUCAGCAACAGUUCAAAGCUGUACCUGUCAUUGAUAGUGAAGUAUGAUAGUCUUGCCACAUUAAACAGCGAGGAUCUGUUCAUGUUUGGCAUGGAGUUUUUUCUGAGAGGAUUUGAGUCCCCAAUCGCAAAUCAGCUUGGCUCUCUUCUCGCAGUGGCUCGAGUUGUUCCUGACUGGAAUGACUACAAAGAAACAAUGUUGUCGACCAAUCCAACUUUGGCAAAUGUUCCUUCAGCAACCAUCUCUUUCCCCUCACCACACCCCACAUCAUUCAUUGUGGCUGGACAAGCAUUGGGAUCAGGUUCACCUCAGGUGACUGUGUGUGGAGAACCUGUCAAUCAUCCUCAGUGGAAUCAAAUGUUCUUUGUCCCUGGUGAAAUGGAUUCACUGUUUAUUGGGAGCAGUGCUAUAGUCAUCGAGUUUUACAGCAAGUCUCAUGGUCUAAGUGAUGAUGGAUGGCUGCUUACUGGUCCAGUAGGAUACUGUAGUCAAAUACUUAACAAGGAACUAGCUGCAGCCUUACAACAAGACAAUGCGAAACUUGGUUUGAAAAUCAAUGGUCUUCCAGUACAGGGUCAUAUCACGAGCUAUACUGGAGCAAAACCUUCUGUUGGCAUUGUGGUACGACUUGUUGUUGAUAAGCGUCCAGAGAAACUCUCGGUGUCUCAAGUUCCAUCGUUGCCAUUAUAUGGAGAGAAAAAGCCAAGUCUCAGUCAAUUCACAGCACAGCCAAUCGCUCAUGAUAACAAGAACCCGUUUGGUCUCCCUCCGUUCGACGCAGUCCAGCGGCUUCUUCCAUUGAACAACCCACCAACGUCACUAGGAGCGUCAGAAGCACCGACGACAGCUCAAUUACCGACAACGACAUUGGAUGCAAGUUCUAUGCCAUCAGAUUUACGAAGUACAAUGGACAUGAGGACAUUGGCGCUGCUAGACUACCAAAUGAAGGAGGUUGAUCGAUAUCGUACAGCGAUGAGGAAGCUUGCUACUGAUUUGCUGCAAUUAAAACAAGACAAUUCACGUCUUGAGGAAGCUAACAGCCAGUAUCGCCGUGAUUUGAGUCAACACGAUGAAAUAUCUCGCAUGAUGGUAUCAGCCAAUGAUUUGGACAACGUUACGCACAGUGAACUCAUACAGAAGUUCGUUCUACUUAAAAAGAAACUUUCCGAUGAAACAACAAAAAGACAAGAAUUGCAGAAAAGAACACAAAAACUACAGAAUGACUUAAUUAAGAAAAACGAGAAAGAAAAGAGUUUGGUUAAACUGGAGGAAGCACAUGAGAGUCAACAGGCAUUAGUACAGAAAAUGCAGAUAAAACUCCAAAAGUAUAAAUCUCUCCAAGAAACGUGUAAAAAACAGGAACAGGUUAUAGUUGAACUCGAAAAGCUGCUGUCCAAGGGAGACAAUGGCGUAAACCUGUCCGAUCCAAGUAGCMAAAGCAGAGUUUAUAUCGAAGAAAACGUACGGCUAAGAUUAGAGCUUGAAAAAUUAAAAGGAUUGGCGAAAGGAACUGAUGCUAAAAAUGAUUCAGCGAGAAUGACAACUCCUAGCCAGGCAAAAGACUUAGAUAAUUCUGAAAGACUAGAAUUGUAUCAGAAACUGGAGCGAGCGGAAGGACGAAUACUUGGCUUAGAGCAGCAGUURACAGAAAGUGCAAGAAAAUGGGCGAAGGAAAAAACCACAUUACAGGCCAGACUUAACGAGGCGUUAAUAGAAAAACAGUCAAGAUUUCACAGUUUCGAUGAAAGUAAAAUCAUGCAUGAUGUGGGCUCAAGUACCAACGUCACUUACAGAGACCAGCGAAAAUCCUCUCUAAAGCUUGAUCCGCUUAUACGGCGAUAGCUCGUGUGAAGAGGUCAAAUACCAACAACUGUCUGAAUUAGGAACAAUGCUARAAUGAUUAAUGGUAUUGUAUUUAUUGCUAAUCUGUACAGCAAGAGUAGUCUUACUAUAUUCAACUAGGCAUUUAUUAUUUAUAGUAAAAGACCAAUAAUAAAUCGGUGUGCUAUAUUUUCACAUGUUUGAAAGUGAUACAUCCAAUCACAAGCUCGUAUGUCUAUCUCUCACAAUAUCUGAAAAUAUAACCAAUCAUAACACACAAGAAGAAAAUGUAAUCAAGCAAUACUAAACCUACGUUUACAACACGUGUUGUUGUAUAAUACAAGCCACUCAUGGACAUAGUCGCCUUCAAAGCACUUUCCAUGAAAUAACCUAAAUCUAUUUGACAACCAGCCAUUCCGAUGCGCUUGCAACUAUUACUCCAUUCAGUCUCCAUACUCCCAUAGACCCUUUCGGUCAUCUUCAUUCGUUUUUUUUUUCUUCUUAAUAUUAAACUGUGUAUGUUGCAUUAAAUCUCGGUCCAUACGUCGAUCCACAACGUCCUGAACCAAGUACGGUUUGAAUUUCAAACGAUCAUUGAUGAGGUUUUUGUGAUAAUCCGAAAUAAUCAAGAUUGGGGCAAAAUUGGGGCAGUCGAUCACACAGAGAAAAGCCGACACAAUCCGAAGUACGUUGGCAUGUGCUGGCCUGGCGCGAGUUUACUAUACCCMAUGAGCGUACUCGUUAGAAUUCAAAACUAAACAUCCAAUAAGAGCGAAGCACAUAUAUCUCGGUACACGCGACACAAUCUUCGUCGCUGAGACUAACAUAACAGAUGCAGGCUACAAAUGCCAAGCUAUCGUCAAGCCGAACUUGCAAAAUAUACUWCCCAUACUUUUUUACGGUGUUAAACUUWUYUUUUUUACACAACUGYUUGCAAAAUAUAUMUUUUUCGACAGAAAUAGUAGAUGUAAAUGUUUUAAUURACCUUUUCUUAUGUUUUAAGCUGCAUUCCUGAUUCCAACCAAUAUUUUCAGUUUCAAUAGACCUCUGCAGCUUUCACGUCAUGUACCGUAUACGCAAUGCAUUGUUUGGGACAGA